AUGGUAAAGAGGUUUCUUGCCAAGCUGGAAGAGGGGGACGUGGUGAAUCGCUUGGCCCGAGGGCGCGCACGGGCUGGGCGCCGAGCAGGGAUUCGCGUUGGGGAGCGCAAAGAGGCGCCCUCGGGGCGGAAAAUUACCGAGGCGGAGGAUCGGGGAGGGAAGCGCCUGUCCCUUGGGAGCUCCUCCUCCCGGCCCUGCCCGUCCAGGCAGCCCCGGGGUGAGAAGCGGAGCACGUGGGUGGCCGUCCCCGUACAAAGACAAGACCAAACGAUCAGCAAAUGUGAAGUUCACACCCUGUCGAAGAGCUUCCUGCCUCCUCACGUGAAAGGCUGCAGUUGCCGUGGCAGCGUGCGUCAUGGAAACUUCCUCUUAGGCAGGUCUGCGGAGAAACGGAAACCAAAGCGCCAGGCAGCUGAGGCCUGUCUGGAAGUCAGACACCUCUCGUGUGCCAAGAAACGGACUCCCUUCUUCAGCCUUCUUACGAGGUACCGAGUCGGGCAGCUCUACACCAUCAGUAAGCACAGCCACCAGGAGAGCGACAAAGGCGAAGGGGUGGAGGUGGUGAAGAACGAGCCGCACGAGGACCCCGUCCACGGCCCCGGCCAGUUCACGGAGAAGCGGGUGCACCUGUCCAGCAAGCUUCCCAGCUGGGCGCGGGCAGUGACGCCGCGGAUAUUCUACAUCACCGAGAAGGCCUGGAAUUAUUACCCGUAUACGAUCACAGAGUACACGUGUUCCUUUCUGCCCAAGUUUUCCAUCUACAUAGAAACCAAAUAUGAGGAUAAUUGCGGAGACAAUGCCAACAUCUUCCACAGUGACAAAAUCUUGGGGGACCACGAAGUGAUGUUUCUGGACAUUGCGUUUGACGAAAUCCCGGAGCGCUACUACCGGAGCCCCGAGGAUCUCCGCUUCUUCAGCUCAACGAAGACGGGCCGCGGUCCACUGAGGGAGGGCUGGCGGGAACAAACCCAGCCCAUCAUGUGCUCCUACAAGCUGGUGACAGUCAAGUUCGAGGUGUGGGGGCUGCAGACACGGGUGGAGCAGUUUGUCCACAAGGUCAUCCGGGACAUUCUGCUGAUCGGGCACCGGCAAGCUUUCGCCUGGGUGGACGAGUGGUGUGACAUGUCCCUGGAGGAGGUCCGUGCCUUCGAGACUCAGAUGUACAUGGCCACAAACAAAAACUUCGGCAGCCAGGAACUCUAGCUUCCCCGCCUGGCCAGCCCCGCUCAGGACUUCCGUUUUAGAUGACGAUGGACGAGGUGCGCCAGUACGAAAGGGAGACGCAGGAGGCCACCAACGAGAUCGUCGGC